CUGCCCACAACCCCCAGAAGGCCGCGCGCGCCACUGGCAGUUCGGCCGCUUCCCCUUGGCGGGCUGGGUGCGGCCAUGGAGGGCCAGCCGCCCCCGCUGGAGGAUCGGCGGCGGCUGCAGGAGGAGCUGAGCGAGUUCGUGGAGAGCUGCUGCCGGACGCUGCAGGAGGUCACGUCGUCCCUGGGCUGGAGCCUGGAUCGGCUGGACCCCGGGGAGGCGGCGGCGGCCNAGGAUGAAGUUGUGGUAUGUCCUUAUGAUUUCAAUCAUCACAUGCCUAAAUCAUCUUUAGCAAAGCACAUGGUAUCAUGUAGAUUGAGGAAACUGGGCUACACCAAAGAAGAAGAGGAUAAAAUGUAUAAUUCUGAAUUUUUCUAUGAGAAUCUGAAGAUACCUUCAAUCACUUUGAAUAAGGACUCACAAUUCCAGAUAAUUAAACAAGCUAGAACUGCAGUUGGAAAAGAUGGUGACUAUUAUAAUCAAAGGAUUUAUUCUUCAUUACCUGUCGAAGUUCCUCUGAAUCACAAACGAUUUGUUUGUGAUCUGACCCAAGCUGAUCGUCUUGCUCUCUAUGAUUUUGUAAUUGAGGAGACAAAGAAAAAGCGCUCUGAUUCUCAAAUUAUCGAAAAUGACAGUGAUCUCUUUGUAGACUUGGCUGCAAAAGUCAAUCAAGAUAAUAGUCGAAAAAGUCCAAAAUCUUACCUUGAAAUCUUGGCAGAAGUGAGGGAUUAUAAAAGAAGACGUCAAUCCUAUAGAGCUAAGAAUGUUCACAUAACCAAGAAAUCAUACACUGAGGUGAUUCGGGAUGUGAUAAAUGUGCACAUGGAAGAACUCAGUAAUAAUUGGCAAGAAGAGCAGGAAAAAGCAGAGGAUGAUGCUGAAAAGAGAGAAGAAAGGCGAUCAGCUUCAGUAGAUUCACGGCAGUCUGGUGGAAGCUAUUUGGAUGCUGAGUGUUCACGGCAUAGAAGGGAUCGGAGUAGGAGCCCACAUAAACGAAAAAGAAAUAAAGAUAAAGAUAAAAAUUGUGACUCAAGAAGGAGGAAAGAGAGGUAAGUCUAACAUUGUAUCGUCCAACAGUGAAUUGUUUUCCUUAAGGUAGAGUUUCUUAAGUAAUGUGUAGGUAGACAGUUAAUCAUGUUAAAAGGUGUUUGCUUUUUUCCCUGCU